AUGCAUGGAUUCGCCGGUGGCAAUACGAACACUCCGUUCGCGAAUGGUCAAUACCUUGCUAAUGCUGAAGACAUUAUCGUGGUUUCAGCAAAUUACCGUCUGAACGUCUUUGGGUUCCCAGGUGCUCCUGAUGCCGAUACCAACCUCGGCUUGCGUGACCAGCGUCUUGCUGUAGAAUGGCUCCAGAAGAACAUCAAAAAUUUCGGAGGUGACCCGAAGAAGAUUGUCAUCGGUGGACAAUCAUCCGGAGGGGCUGCCGUAGACUGGUGGUCUUAUGCCUACAAGCAGAAUCCGAUUGUCCAUGGCCUGGUAUCGACUUCUGGAAACGCGUUCAGCUUCCCCAUGAAUACGCCCGAUAAGCAAGUAUCGAACUGGUACACUCUCUCCGCUUCCCUCGGAUGCGGAAACUCAUCUUCAUCCGAUACCCUCAGCUGCAUGCGCAAGCUGCCCUUCGAGACAAUCUCUGCAGCCACCUCUAAGAUCGCUCCUUCCCCAGGUGGCAGUCCCGUCCGCUCAACCCCUCCUUUCUACCCCAUGGUCGACAACCAGACUAUCUUUUCCGACUACGUUUCCUUGUCUACAUCAGGAAGCUUCGCAAAUCUCCCCUACUUUCACGGGCACAAUGACCACGAGCAAGGUUACUACGUCAUCCCAGCAUAUGCCCAAGGUCGCAACGUCACCGAGGAACAGGCAGCGCAGUUUCUGCUAGAGUCCUUCGUAUGCCCAACCUCCUACGAAGCACGCAAUCGCAUCAAAGCCAAGGUCCCAACGUGGGUCUACCGCUACUUCGGCGACUGGCCCAACACGCGCCUCUAUCCCACGGCCGGAGCCUACCACGGCACGGAACUGCACAUGAUUCUGGGUGGCUCCGAGGACGCGAGCGGUCUUCCGCAGACGGCAGCGCAGAAGAAGACGGUGAAGCUCUUCCAGCGGGCGCUAGCGGCUUUUGUGGAGGAUCCUAAAAAGGGGCUGGAGAGACUUGGGUGGCCGAAGUUCGAUCCUGAGAGGAAGAGUUGGGUGGAGAUUGCGGUGGGGAAUAAGCCGAAGGCGACGUUUGCGAGGCCGGGGAAGUAUGAUGGGGGGUGUUGGAAUGUGACGCUGGGGGCGCUAUCGACGUUGUCUUAA